CAAAGUUAUAGCUAUAUAAACACCAUAUAAGCACCAUAUGCAUAAACACACAAAGUUGGUGUGCAAUGGCAAUGGCGAUGGGGCGGCUUCAUCAAUAAAUUUGCUAAAAAGUGAUGAGCAGAGGCAGCAGCACACCUACAACUACAAGUACUACUUCUUGUUCACCGUCGUCAUCCUUGUCACACUACUACUCACAGUCGUUAAACAGUUGAAGAGAGAUCUCACCACAGAUAUUAAGCUUGGGCUUAGCUUAUCACCCUCUGCAGCGUCCCAACGAGUACAACACAACCCCUCUCAGUCUCAGUCUGCCGAAAGGGGGAGAGCAUCGGAGAAGAAUUUAAUUGGGCCAGUUAUUCAGAAGAUGAAUGCAGCGACAGCAGAUGAUGAACACAAUGAUGUUGAGAGCAGCAGCAGCAGCAGGAACACAAGAAGAAGACUGUAUGUCAAGGUUUACAUGGAGGGGCAUGCCAUUGGAAGAAAGCUGGAUCUAUUAGCCCAUCAUGGUUUUCAUGACAUGAUACGGACACUCGAACACAUGUUCAACACCAACAUUCUCUGGGGAGAUGAUGUGGACAGAGUGCACUCUGGUCAUAACGAUCUUCAUGUUUUGACAUAUGAGGACGAGGAAGGGGAUUGGCUCAUAGUCGGUGACGUUCCUUGGGAGAUGUUCUUGUCCGCAGCGAAAAGAUUGAAGAUCACAAGGACUUUUCCAUGAUGAUUUUCAAAUCAUCCAUCUUAAUUUUUCCUCCAAGGACAAGCUAUAGAGCCUGUAGUUUUGAAAAUAGGGUGGGCAGCUAAGUGCGGAGUGACAAUGGGGGUUACUGGUAGGGUGUUGGGCCUUAGAAUGUGCGUUUUUGAGGCCCACGUGUGACCUCUAUUUGUUAUAGUGAAAUGCUGCGGGCAGUCGCCUACGCCAGCAUGCAUCUAUCGUUUAUCACAUCUCAUCCCUUACGAGAGAGAGAUUUUGUGUAUGACAAUAUGUUUCACAAGCACAGAAGAAACUGUAGUUUGAUAUUUCUUUAGCUCAUUAAAAUAAAAAUUAG